AUGGCCGCGGUCGUAGCAGCCGCGGGCGCGAUGGGCGACGUCGGUACGAAGUUCGUCGUGACGGCGAGCAACGAGGUCGGCGGCGGCAGCGCCAAGUUCGUGCUCAAGAAGUGGGCCGCCGUGGACUCGACGCCGGCGUGCUCGCGGGGCGUCGGCGACGAGCUCGAGGUCGUCGAGCUCGACGGGUCCUGGAUGCGCGCCAAGGCGACGGCCGCGUCCAAGGGCGGCUGGUUCAGCAGCGAGGCCGGCGGCUACGCCGUCCCCGCGGCGCCCGAGGCGCCCGCGGCGCGGACCCGGGGCCCGGAGAUCACGCUCAAGGUCAUGCACCCGGAGCACAAGGACCACAAGGUCAUGACCGUCGAGGUCUACGCGGACACGCCCGUCGUCGACCUCAAGGCGACGAAUCGGGGCGGGAAAAGAGCGCGAACUUCCCAACUUCCAAGGCUCCUCUCUCGGCCGUUUCCACUCGCGACGAUCUGCCGCGAGACGGGCCUCAAAGAGAAGCCGCUGCUGCCCGUGAAGAAGUACAACUCGGGCCCCGUCGACGACGACCACAAGGCCAUGAUGGAGAGCCGCCUCAAGGACUACGUGAACUGGAUCCCCUGCGACGCGAAGGACACGGUCCGCGACGUCGGCUACGCGAACGGCGACGCGUUCGCGUUCACGUACCUCGGCACGGCCCAGGACGACCUCAAGGAGGACCUCAAGUGGAUCGCGCCCAUGUACUCCGACUCCGACGACGACGACAGCGACCACGAGUGGACCUACGAGAAGUACGUCGCGCAGCAGCGCGGCUCCGGCGGCGCGGGCGUGAUCUCGGACCGGCCGGGCGCGGCCGCCGCGGCCGGCGGCGACGCCGACUUCAUGGACCCCAUAGAGCCCCACGCCGUCGGCACAUCCGCGCCGCCGCGCGCUCGCGCGAUGACGACGGCGCACGCCAUCGCGUUCUGCGCGGGCCCGCUCAUCGUCGCGCUGCUGCUGGCAAUUUCCGGCGCCUUCACGCAGUCGGCCAAAACGGCGGCGCGGCCGCCCCACGCCCACGUGGCCUUCACGAGCCGCUUCGGCGCGCGGCUCAGCGGCAACGCCCACAGCCUGCUGCUCGUCUGCCUCAUGGCGGCGCUCGCCGAGUGCUGGAACAGCGUCGUCACGCCGGACCUCGGGAGCGUGCUGGGCGUCGAACUCCAGGGCACGCUGCUCAACCUGUCGGGCGCGGCGCUCGGCGGGUUCGCGGCGGUCCUCGCGGCCCACGGCGGCCGGCGCGGCGCCCUCUGGAGCGCCUUCAACGACGGCUUCGUCGCGGCCUACACGUCCUUCGUCUUCUUCGUCGUCCACGCCGCGGAGCUCGCGGCGCGCGGCGCGGGGGACCCUUCGACGAGCGCGAAGCGCGACAAGGAGACCGUGGACCUGUCGACGCCGUACCUCCUCGGCUGCCUCCUCCUCGGCCCGGCGUUCCACCUCCUCGGGCGCCGCGCGGCGCUCGCCGCGUUCCCGCCGCCGGCGGCGCCGCCGCCCGGCGACGCCGCGGGCCUCGCGGCGCCGCUCGCGGCGCUCCUGGCCGCGGCGCUCGCGCGCGAGUGCGCCGCGGGCCCGGGCCGCGGCGCCGCGCUCGCCUUCGGCUGCGCCGUGACGGCGCUCGCGUGCGUCGCCGGCGAGCUCGUCGGCCACCUCGUCCACGAGGGCGAGGUCAACUGGGGCACGGCCUUCGCGAACGCGGUCGCGCUCUGUGUGGAAAUCAACCAGUGA